GGCCCAGGAUUCGGAAAGACGAGAGCUCUGGCCGUGGCGUCCUACGGACUGGUCAGAAGCGUAGGGCGGGUGUAUAUGUCGGCCCCGACCAACAUCGCCUGCGACAAUGCCGCCGACCGUCUGAUGGACGUCAGUACAGAUGUCACAAAUCGCCUCAACGCCAAUCUCCAGCCAGGCGAUGAGCCGCUCCGUCGCCUUCUGGUAGUCCGUGGGUACAAGCGAGAGGAUGAGCUAGCUGCGUUCAUGAGAAUCCUCCAAAGCCCCGAGGCCGUCACCGAUGCCACCCCCAGGCCCCAUAGCAAGCAUGAGUCCCAUUGGAAGCUCGGCAACUCGAUCGCCUUCUGGCUCCUCAAGCUGGAGCAAGCCCGCGGCUUUGCCAUCGACGAAGCUGCCUGCAUGAGCAGGCCAGACUUUUACUCGGUCUGGGGCAACACCAUGAUGCCCUGUGUCAUGGCAGGCGACCGUCUGCAGCUGGAUGUUUCGGUCAGGUCCUUCAACGAUGCGAUCUCCUAUAGCGAUGGCGUGUACCGGAACCGCCACGGGCCUGACGCCCGAAUCUCCAUUAUGGAGUUUUUGCAGGCGUCCGGAUGGCCCAUUUUCAGAUUGCACACGCAACUCCGCAUGGCCAGGGGCCUUUUCACCCUCUCCCAAGAGGUCAUUUACCCAGAGUUGCGUGCCCAAUACGGCGUUAGGUGCGAUAUAUCGCUCCCUGGCCAUGCAUCUGGCCGUGCCAUGGAGGCCUUCAUGCUGCGCAAAUUCCCGAAUGUUCUCAGGCCAUCCCCCAAAGGCACCCUGCGUGAGGUAUUUGUCCACUGCCCAGACUCCCGGGUCAUAGUGAACCCUAUGACCAAGUCCAAGUCGAGCCCAGGCCAGGUCAGGAUCGCACUUCGCCUCCUCGACGAGCUUGUUCGGGAUACGCAGGCUCGGGGUACUCGAAUUAACCCAUCGGAGAUCGCCAUUAUCGUUCUCCAUUCAGCCAAUGUAGAAGUGGUUGAGCACCAACUCAAGCUAUAUGCCUCUCUGGUGGGUAAAGUCGUGGUAUCAACCGUUGAGUCGAUCCAGGGCAAAGAGAGACCUAUCGCGCUGGUCAUCCUGGGGACCAACGAGACAACGGGACCAGGAUUAUCUAAGGAACCCAGACGCUUCAAUGUCGCAAUAUCACGACAUACGUCUUUCCUUCUCCUCGUCGGAGACAUCAACGUCGCUGGAAACUUUCGCAGCGGCUCAUCCACGACCAACGCGCGCGGUCGAGGUGGAGGACAAGGAGGACGAGGAGGACGUGCA